GAGUGGGGCUGUGGGAGGAAGUAGGGCGCGCGGGCGUUGGCCGUGUGUGGGUGUCUGAGGCAGUUUUCCAGUUCUUUCAUUUACCAAAGUGAUAUGCACCGACUAGGUGCCAGGUGUUUAGACGGACAUACAACCCUCUGCAAAAUCUUUCAGUGUAGUCCUCUGUAGGAAAAGUUUCCAACCAAGAAUUGCCACUGCACCUGAGAUAAGGGAGAUCCUGGGAGCCGUGAGGAACUAUACAAAAUGGGAAACUGGGACAGAUCCCAGUGGCUCAUGACAUUAAGAAGUAAAACUACGAACUCAAAACACUGAGCUGGAAGUCAUGCAACGGGAGUUGAAUAGGUAGCUGCACUUCUGUGAGAUUAUAAAUAUUCCACGGAGGGUAACGAAACUAAAGGAGAAUGGAAGAAGACAGCCUGGAAGACUCAAACCUUCCUCCAAAAGUUUGGCAUUCUGAGAUGACAGUGUCAGUGACAGGCAAACCACCUAGUACCGUAGAAGAAGAUAGACUACCUAAAGAAACAGACGUAGAAAUCAUCCCAGAAAUCCUAGAAACCCGAGAGCCACUCUCGCUUCCCGAUGUGCUGAGGAUCUCGGCAGUUCUAGAGGACACCACAGACCAGCUCUCUAUUCUAAAGUACAUCAUGCCCGUUCAGUACGAAGGAAGACAGAGCAUCUUCAUGAAAAGCAGAGAAAUGAAUCUAGAAGGAAAGAAUCUAGACAAACUUCCAAUGGCCUCAACAGUUACAAAAAUACCCAGUCCGUUAAUAACCAAGGAAGGACCCAACUUGCCAGAAAUCAGACAAGGAGGCCAGUUCGCUGUGGAGUUUCACAAAACGCAGGAUCUUCUCUUCAAAAAACCUGCAAGGCAGACCAUCAUGACUACGGAGACGCUGAAGAAAAUUCAGAUUGAUAGGCAGUUUUUCAGCGAUGUGAUUGCAGAUACCAUUGAGGAGUUGCAAGAUUCGGGUACUUACAACAGUCUCCUGCAAACUUUGAGCAAAGAGAGGGAAAACAAAAUGCAUUUCUAUGACGUCAUUGCCAGGGAGGAAAAAGGAAGAAAACAGAUAAUAUCACUUCAAAAACAGCUAAUUAAUGUCAAAAAAGAAUGGCAAUUUGAAGUCCAGAGUCAGAAUGAGUAUAUUGCUAACCUCAGGGACCAACUGCAAGAGAUGAAAGCAAAAGCCAACUUGGAGAAUCGCUACAUGAAAACCAAUACUGAGCUGCAGAUUGCCCAGACCCAGAGAAAGUGUAACAGAACAGAGGAACUCUUGCUGGAAGAGAUUGAGAAACUCAGGAUGAAAACCGAAGAAGAGGCCCGGAUUCAUAUGGACAUUGAAAUGUUCCUUAGAAAAGAGCAGCAGAAACUUGAGGAGAGGCUAGAGUUCUGGAUGGAGAAAUAUGACAAGGACACAGAAAUGAAAGAGAAUGAACUAAAUGCUCUCAAAGCCACAAAGGCCAGUGACUUAGCACACCUUCAAGACCUGGCAAAGACGAUAAGAGAGUGUGAACAGGUCAUCAUUGAAGAUCGUAUAGAAAAGGAGAGGAGCAAGAAUAAGAUAGAACAGGAUCUCUUGGAAUUAAAGAGCGUCAUAAAGCUCCAGGCCUGGUGGCGAGGCACUAUGAUACGGAGAGAAAUUGGUGGUUUCAAGAGGCCUAAAGACAAAGUUGACAGCAAGGAUUCAAAAGGAAAAGGCAAAGGCAAGGAUAAGAGGCGAGGCAAGAAGUGACCAAGUUCUCUUCUGUCUUUUCCUCUGGUAUUCUGGAGGUGGGAAGGACUUAAGAGAGUUAAGAAACACCUGGUACCAUCAAAGAUGACUCAUCUACAGGUUGUUUCCAUUGAGACUUUCCCAGGGAAGCCUGAUUUCACUCUGCGGGUUAGUUUCACUCUGCCUGAUUUCACUAGGCCUGUUCAUUGCACUCUGCCUGUUACCUGGGUUUUCAAACCCUGAUUUAGGAUUAUACCAUUGACUUAGGGCUUCCUCACACCUUGCUGGGAAGAAGAGUUUCUGGUAGUCCUGUGAAGAUUCAUUCUUUCUCUUUCUCAGCGAACAAAGCAGUUCACUGGCUUAGUUACAGUGACGCAUGAAAACUUCAGUAAUUCCUGUAAUGUCUGAUUCUGAUUUUACCCAAUUUGUAGUGAAAAAACUCUUACAAGCAAAAGUAUUCAGUAGGAAUUACAAGAUGAUGUUAUUAGCUGUCCAGCAUAAUAUAUACACAGUAAAGUUUUAAUAAAUGUUGGUUCCUGCCUGCCUUUUAGAUUUGUCAUCACUCUGGUGUUUUUCUUGGGGUGAAAAUGGCAUGGAACACAUAACCAGUUAUAAGCUGCUUCAGCAACUUUUCUAGGAAACAGAAUACAAAUUAUAAAUACAAGCUAGAAAUAGGAUGUUAGGAUAUACAACUUUACCAACUGUAAAGAUGCAACACAGGUUCUCUGGAAGGCUGGUUUGGAUAUACUUUUGACAUGUGAAACACUAGGGCCAAUACCUGCUUUGCUUACUCAACAAUCCCCACUUAUGGAGUGUUAAGAUGAAAAGAAGUAAGGGUGUGCCUGGCAAAUAGGAAAGCUGUCAAUCUCCCUCUUCUAGAAAAAAAUGAGCCCACCAGAUCAUGCUUGCCUUGAUGAGUCAAAACAAUGCCUUGUGAUGCUAAAGGUUUCCAAGAGAAAAGUUGUCCUAAUAUGUCACAUACAUUUCAUGAAUUAAGCCUUCUAUCUACCUAACUCCAAAUAAAGCAGUCUUGAUAUCUGUACUUCCUUAAGAAAAUCAACUUGAUCUCAAAAGCCUGUCCUGAAGCCCCCCAUUUCCACUGACACUCCUUCUGGAAAGGAGAUGCCCUUUCCUUGAUUCACUUUUGCCAAGGGAACCACACCUCAGGUAUGAACACUCUCCAGCUUUUAUUACAUGCCACUUAAGUGUUGGCUUUUAUUUUAAUGUCAACAUAUAAAGUGGCAUACAGGCAAUUUAAAAUAACAUACAUGAUACUGACAUUUAUACUUAGAACUUAUGCAAUAUAUUUACAGACAUACAAAUAUAGGCCAAUGUUUUACAAAAUCUUUCACUAAUUACAUGCUUACAACAUUUUCAGAAAUAAAACGGAAUUUGCUGUAAACCAUCUCACUGCACUGUGUAUAUAGAAAGGCUUCUGAAUAUCCAUGUUUUCAUUUCUACAACCAUUUAAGUGCUUAGUUUUUACGAAUUCAUCAAACUCGUCAGUGUAGUCACACAUCAUUAGUCAUCGCUGAGCUGUAGAAAGUAAAGAAAUCGCAAACUCCUAGAUCAGCUGUAUUUUAAAAAGCUCUUCAGGAAAGUGAUCUACUACUAUGCUCUGUGUUCUAGCAGAAUACAAAGGCCCCUCUUCCCAUGGGUCGUUUCCAGACCUGGCUAUUACAAGAGAACACUGGAGUGCUAAACAUAGAUUACCAGUCUGAAAUUUUGGGAAACUCCUGACAGAAAAUCUCUGUAGGUGGCAAGGGCUCUGCUGUGGGGGGGCUUUCAGCCGCCGACACUGUCAGUGAUGGGAAGGGCUCUGCUAGGGCAGCUUUCAGCCGCUGACACCAUCAGUGAUGGGAAGGGCUCUGCUGGGGCGGCUCUCAGCUGCCAACACUGUCAGUGAUGGGAAGGGCUCUGCUGGGGGCGCUGUCAGCCACCAACAGUGUCAGUGAUGGGAAGGGCUCUGCUUCAGGUCAGGGGAGCCCUGACAAGGUCAUCUUCAUCUUACACUGGAGUCAAGUGAAGCUAAAUGUUAAAUUGUGCUUUCCAAUUUUUUUAAAAAAGGUACAUACAAAAUACUGAAUACAAAAUUCUCCCAAAAAAAGCAUCAUGAUUUGUUUUUGCAUCUUGACACCAAAAAGAAAUUCAUACCUUCAUACUUCUGCAGAGUGUCUGAAAACAUCAGAGGGUUUGGAAAAAAAAAAAAUUCAAUGUAUUUAUUUUUCCUUCAAUUAUCAGCCAAAA